AUUUAGACAUUUAACUAAACUGAAGGUGUCUUUGCAAAUUAGCAAUCGUACACAACAAAUCAGCAACCGAUGAAAGCAGAAGAGGCCUUCAAACUCUGAGAGCCACCCAAAAAUGUCACUUCCACCACCGGAUCCAACAGCAGAAGCACCAAAAGAUGAACAAGUGGAGGUGGAUCAUGAAAGGCAAGUAGCACAAGAAGAAGAAGAAGAAGAAAAACAUGGUCAAGGCACGUGGAAGCACGCCGCUUUCCACGUGGCCACCACGAUUGCCACCCCUGCCGCCUAUGCACCCCUGCCUUUCGCUUUGGCCUCUCUCGGCUGGCCUCUUGGCGUGAGCAGUUUGGUGGGAGCAACACUAGCCACGUGGUAUUCAAGCUUUCUCGUUGCUUCUCUGUGGAAAUGGGAUGGGAAGAAACACGUCACCUAUCGCCACCUGGCAAAAAGCAUUUUUGGGUUCUGGGGUUAUUGGUCAAUUGCAUUUUUUCAGCAGUUGGCCUCUAUAGGCAAUAAUAUAGCCAUUCAGAUUGCAGCUGGAAGCAGCCUUAAGGCUGUGUACAAAUAUUAUCACAGUGAAGGUAGCUUAACCCUGCAGCACUUCAUCAUUUUCUUUGGGGCAUUUGAACUCUUGCUUUCUCAGCUGCCAGAUAUCCACUCACUGAGAUGGGUAAAUGCCUUGUGCACUUUCAGCACCAUUGGCUUUGCUGGCACAACAAUUGGUGUCACAAUUUACAACGGGAAAAAGAUUGACAGAAAAUCAGUCAGUUAUAGUUUGGAUGGAAGCUCAUCUUCUAAGGCCUUCAGAGCCUUUAACGCUCUUGGCGCAAUUGCCUUUUCCUUUGGAGAUGCAAUGCUUCCGGAGAUCCAGAAUACAGUGAGAGAACCUGCAAAGAAGAACAUGUAUAAAGGUGUAUCAGCAGCAUAUGGUGUCAUUGUGUUGAGUUACUGGCAGUUGGCCUUCACUGGGUACUGGGCUUUUGGCUCACAUGUGCAACCUUACAUCUUGUCUUCUCUAACUGUUCCCCAAUGGACCAUUGUCAUGGCCAAUCUUUUUGCUGUCAUACAAAUUUCAGGAUGUUUUCAGAUAUAUUGCAGGCCAACAUACGCCUACUUUGAGGAGCGACUCCUGUCACACAAAACCACCAGCACCAGUCAUUUCUGGCUCCGAAAAACCCUAAUUCGGCUUGUUUUCACCUCGAUUUAUAUGGUUCUGAUCACUCUUGUUGCAGCAGCUGUGCCUUUCUUUGGGGACUUUGUGUCAAUCUGUGGAGCAAUUGGGUUCACACCAUUGGACUUUGUGUUCCCUGCAUUGGCAUAUUUAAAAGCUAGAAGAAGAAGGCAGACCCAAAACACCAAAAUGUACCUUUCUUUGCUGCUUCUCAACUUUGCAUUGGUUACUUGGUUCUCUGUUGUGGCAGUUUUGGGCUGCGUUGGUGCUGUCAAGUUUAUUGUGGAAGAUGUCAAGACUUACCAAUUCUUUCAUGAUAUGUAAUACUAUUUCAUGACAUCAAUAAGUGCACAAACACAACUCUAAAGUUACGUAUUCUUACA